CCUGACGCCAGUAGGAAUCCUGGCAAUCAGAAUGUCAAACAGAGAAUGUGGAGGAAGAAGGCUAAAAAUCCUUUUCUAUGUUCAUACCAUUUCACAGGCGUUUCAAGUUGGCGUCCCAUCUCAACAGGAACUUGGUAUCAGAUUCCUGUACUACUUUCCACACUACCAAAAACCCUACAGUCAAGCCAAGCAAAAACCUUUCUACAGAGGUUCCUCUGCAUUUCUCUCCGUUUCAACCCAGAAAUACAAAUUAAGAAGAGGGGAGAAGGAAGGUAGUGUUUUCAGUUUCCAUGGCGACGAGCAGAUCGGAGGGAGAGGAGGAGCAGGAAGAAGUUGUGAAAGAGGAAGCUCAUCCCUAUGCAUUUCACAUUUCUGGACCUCGAAAUGUCGCUUCUCCUAAUUGGAGAGAUCUUAUCAACUCAAGUUGGAAGGACGCAAACUACAAGAGAACUGUAAUAGCCUGCUUCAUUCAGUCAGUUUAUUUGCUUGAGCUUGAUAGACAGGAAAACAGAACAGAUGAAACAGCUCUAGCUCCAAAAUGGUGGAUACCUUUCAAGUACAGGGUAGCUCAAACUCUUAUCGACGAAAGAGAUGGAUCCAUAUUUGGAGCAGUUCUUGAAUGGGACAGAGCGGCUGCAUUGGCUGAUUUAGUACUCAUUAGACCCAGUGGAGCACCAAAGGCUGUUCUAGCACUUCGAGGAACAGUACUGAAAGGCCCAACAAUCAGAAGGGACAUUGAAGAUGACCUGCGGUUUCUUGCUUGGGAAAGCCUGAGGGGUUCUGUGAGAUUUAAGGUGGCAUUAGAGGCACUGAGAUCAGUUGCUGAAAGACAUGGAAGCAGUAAUGUAUGUAUAGCAGGUCAUUCGUUGGGUGCUGGAUUUGCACUCCAGGUGGGUAAAGCAUUGGCUAAAGAUGGGAUAUAUGUGGAUGCUCAUUUAUUUAACCCACCAUCUAUUUCUCUGGCUAUGAGCUUAAGAAAUAUCGGAGAAAAAGCCGGGUUUGUUUGGAAAAGAUUUAAAUCGAUGCUUCCAUCGAGUAGUGAAGGUCAAGCAAAUAUCGAUGCCAAUGAUGUGGGAGAGAAGACUAGUGUAGGAUUCAGGAAUUGGGUCCCUAAUUUCUAUGGAGAUAAAACUUCUGUAGCCUUGAGAAAGUGGGUUCCUCAUCUAUAUGUGAAUAACAGUGACUACAUCUGUUGUUAUUACUCUGAGCUUGAUGGAAGACAGAAUGAGAAAGAUGACAACAAAGAGAACAUAAGUGAUUCAAAUCGGCAAGCUGCAGCGAAGCUGUUUGUGAUGUCAAAGGGGAAACAGAAGUUUCUGGAGGCUCAUGGAUUAGAGCAAUGGUGGUCUGAUAAUUCAGAACUUCAACUGGCUCUGCAUGAUAGUAAGCUGAUUAGCAGGCAGCUGAAAUCCUUGUAUAGCCCACCAGCUCAGCAGCAAAAUCAAGGAAAAUCACAGUAGAGAAGAGGAGGGAAUGAGAGAGAUGGACAGAGAUCUAGUUUUGUUUGCUUCCUGAACAAUUUACUACUAGUCUCUUAUUCCUUCUGUCUUUUCUUUCUGGUUUUUGGUAAUCUGCAUUCUGUAUCCAUUGAUAGGCUUUCUCAGUUGUUUGAUUUCAAAUGUGAAUCAGCAAAUGUUCAUAUAAAAAAGAAACUAUGUGGAUCAUACAAUGGCUUUAAUGA